AUGGAGGAAGCAAAGAAGCUGAAGGUUUUCCCGAGGCAGACAGGUGUGUACAUCAAGCCAUACGCAUCGGAUGCAGAGCGACCUGAGAGAAGGGUUCGUGCAGAGGUCUGCGGGUUCAAGGCACCGGAAACUGCCUACACCCGCCAGUACAUUGAUAAGAAAUGCCCGUUCACAGGUGACGUCAAUGUUAGAGGAAGGAUUUUCAAGGGGGUUGUCAAGAAGAUGAAGGCUGAGAAGACUAUUGUUGUUGUUGUCAACUAUGUCCACUACAGUAAGAAGUACAAGAGGUACUCGAGAAGGCACACGAACUUUUCUGUUCACAUGUCUCCUUGCUUUGAAGGAAUGAUCAGUGUCGGGGAUACUGUUAUGUGUGGAGAGACAAGGCCGCUCUCCAAGACAAAGUCGUCGGUUGUCUUGGGAUAUACUAAGAAGGCCCUACCAGGCACAUUCAAGCUUCUUGAGAGUAUCUAA